UCCACUAACCAUUUGAUGGCAUGACUUCGCGAAAACAAAACACUAGAUAAUAUACUGUCAUACAUCACAAGGCAGUAGCAAGGCAAGUUAAAUUUUGUGCGACUACUUUGGAUGGUGAUAUUAAACAUUUUGGACUGACAGCUUUAUAUUCCGAGAAUCAUGUUUGCGCUUCCGACGUUACACUUCACACCGCAGCAAGUGGCACAGGUCUGCGAGACGCUUGAAGAGAGCGGCGACAUUGAGCGGCUCGGUCGCUUCCUCUGGUCACUUCCGGUCAACCCGUCCGCCCUGGAAGCUCUCAACAAGCACGAGUCGAUCCUGCGGGCGCGAUGCCUUGUCUGCUUCCACACCGGCAACUUCCGGGAUAUGUAUCACAUUAUCGAGAGUCACAAGUUCGGAAAGGCGUCUCACGCUAAGCUGCAGGCCAUGUGGCUCGAGUCCCACUACCAGGAAGCGGAAAAGCUGCGCGGGCGGCCGCUUGGACCAGUGGAUAAGUACCGCGUCCGGAAGAAGUUUCCUCUGCCCCGCACAAUCUGGGACGGCGAGCAGAAGACGCAUUGCUUUAAGGAGCGGACCCGCAACCUCCUGCGCGAGUGGUACCUCCAGGAUCCCUACCCGAAUCCCACCAAGAAACGCGAGCUGGCCCAGGCCACCGGCCUCACCCCCACACAGGUCGGCAACUGGUUCAAGAACCGACGACAGCGGGACCGCGCCGCAGCCGCCAAAAAUAGGUUGGGUGGUCAGGGCGGUGACGGGUCGCGCUACCAGGGAUCCUCCCCUGACAGGGACUCCUCCACCGACUUCGAUGACAUUGACGUGGAUGAAAAGUCGUUCGAGGAGGAAGACGACGAGAAGAUCGACAUAGAGAACGAGGACGAUGCAUGCAGUCUCUCCAGCGUCUCGUCACCCGUCUCCAUGACGACCACUCACGUGAGCGCCCCUGCUCCGCAGAUAUCGCCCACCUGACUAUAUGGCCUGCAGAACCGGAAUACACAACCGCCUGCGUCCACCAGCCAGGCGGGCUUACUACCACAGCCCUGGGCUCUAAACCUUUCCGUACCCAAACUGUCACCGAACCCACUCGUACCCCAGCCGGUACGAUCGUUUGGUAUAGAUGACAUUCUACAUAAACCGUUAGACUUUUCUCAAUCAAGUUUACAACAGCUAGAGCAUAACCUUCGCCACAUGCACCAGAGCUUUCCCUACAAGUACAUGAACUCUUAUAUGGCCAAUUACCACCAGCACACGGUGGCGCGCACCGUUACCUCGCGUGAUGUCGAGGAGACGGAGAGAACUGAAGCUGCGUGUCAACAAAGUCCGGAAAACUCUGAAACCGCGCGAUCCGGAAGUGAAGAUUAGUGUCAGCUCGGAUUCGUUUGGUAGAUAGAUAAAGCCUGAAAGUAACACCAAACCUACAUGCGGAAAUAAGUCAGUCUGCAUACUGGGACUCUGUCGCUUAUUUGUUGUGUUUGUAAAUAAAUGAAUGGACGGCACAAGACUAUCUCAUAAGUGUCAGUGUUCGUAGCGUGUCCGCUCUAUGAAGGAUCCUGCAGAGCCACACCUGCAGGAAAAUAGUGCUAAUUUGCUAGAGCUAUAGCUUAUUUUGAUAAUUUAUCUUAUAAAUGGUAAUACGAGCUAAUAAUGUGGCUUUCAUGAAACAUUUUCAUGAAAUAGAGCAAACACCAUCGUAUAGAAAUAUCACGGUGAAAACAUUGGAACACCAUUGACAUAUGAUACUUAAGAAAGAAAAUAUGCUCAUGUUAUAAUGAAUUUCUAUUGCCAUCCGUUUGCCUGGGAUUGUAAUAUUAACGUUUCUGUAUACAUGUGCUUGCCAUUGUAUGAUUAUACAAAAUGUAAUUAAUUUAAACUGAAGAAGAUUUUUACAUUGUAUUAUUGUUGUUAAGUGUUGCCGUUAGAGUUGAUAUUUUAUUGUAAAUAGGAUUUUGUUCAGUUCAUAUUUUUAUGAGCUGCUAUAUUGUUUAUUAUUUAUUUUGAAUAAACAUUUGGUUCAAACAA